CCUAGGGGCCCACAGAGCCUGCAAGAGCUCGGAGAUGCUGACCCACCCGAGGGCUCCUCCACGCCCCCAUCCACUCCCACCAGUCCAAGGACUCAGGCCUGGAUCGGGUUGUUAAGCCUGGGCUGGACAGGCAGGCAGCCUGUAACUCCAGCCGCUGCUCCCGCCCCCUGCCCGCAGCCUGGGGAAGCCCCAGCUCGGCUGCACUGCCGACAAUGCCUCCCAUUCAGCUCUGCCCCUGCUGCCAAGCCUAUGGGCAGGGAGGGGGGUACUGCCAGCAUCCAGUCGGGGACUGUCCCUGGUCUUUCCCUUGUGCAGGGCCUCCAAGACAGGACUGGCAGUUCCAGGCGGCAUGGAGGGUCCCCAGAGCUCCACCCCUGCUUUCAGGCUGCUGCUGCUGCUGCUUUUGGUGUUGCCGCUGGGUCCAGCUUGGCACGUAGCUGCCCAGCGAUGCCCACAGACCUGUGUCUGUGAUAACUCCAGGCGGCAUGUGACCUGCCGGCACCAGAACCUCACCGAGGUGCCGAACACCAUCCCUGAGCUGACCCAGAGGCUGGACCUCCAGGGCAACAUGCUGAAGGUCAUCCCUCCAGCCGCCUUCCAGGACCUGCCUCACCUCACACAUCUGGACCUGCAGCACUGCCAGGUGGAGCUGGUGGCCGAGGGUGCCUUUCGAGGCCUGGGCCGCCUGCUCCUCCUCAACCUGGCUUCCAACCGCCUGAGCAUGCUGCCCCAGGAGGCUCUGGACGGGCUAGGCUCCCUGAGGCGGCUGGAGCUGGAGGGGAACAUGCUGGAGGAGCUGCGGCCGGGGGCCUUCGGUGCCCUUGGCUCGCUGGCCACGCUCAACUUGGCCAACAACGCCUUGGUCUACCUGCCCGCCAUGGCCUUCCAGGGGCUGCUGCGCACUCGCUGGCUGCAACUGUCUCACAACGCGCUCAGCGUGCUGGCCCCCGAGGCCCUGGCCGGCCUGCCGGCUCUGCGCCGCCUCAGCCUGCACCACAACGAGCUGCAGGCCCUGCCCGGGGCCGCCCUGUCCCAGGCCCGCAGCCUGGCGCGGCUGGAGCUGGGCCACAACCCGCUCACCUACACGGGUGAGGAGGACGGCCUGGCGCUGCCCGGCCUGCGGGAGCUGGCCCUGGACCACGGGGCCCUGCAAGCGCUCGGCCCCCGGGCCUUCGCCCACUGCCCGCGCCUGCACACCCUCGACCUCCGCGGGAACCAGCUCACCACCCUGCCCCCGCUGCAGGGCCCGGGCCAGCUGCGCCGCCUGCGGCUGCAGGGCAACCCGCUGUGGUGCGCCUGCCACGCGCGGCCCCUGCUCGAGUGGCUGGUGCGGGCUCGCGUGCGCUCGGACGGCGCGUGCCGGGGCCCGCGGAGGCUGCGAGGCGAGGCCCUGGACGCGCUGCGGCCUUCAGACCUGCGCUGCCCGGGAGACGCGGCGGCGGCGGCGGAGGAGGAGGACGAGGACGAGGAGCGGCCGGCCGGGCCCCGAGUCCCUCCUCGCUCCCCGCACCCGGAGGCCGCCGCCGCCGCCGCGAGGGCCGCGCCCUGCCCUCCGGCCUGUGUGUGCGUCGGGGAGACGCGGCACAGCGCCUGCGACGGCCGCGGCCUGCAGGCCGUGCCCCGCGGCUUCCCCAACGACACCCAGCUCCUGGACCUGAGGCGCAACCACUUCCCCUCGGUGCCCCGCGCGGCCUUCCCGGGCCUGCGCCAGCUGGUGUCGCUGCACCUGCAGCACUGCGCCAUCGCGGAGCUGGAGCCCGGCGCCCUGGCGGGCCUGGACCGCCUGCUCUACCUCUACCUCUCCGACAACCAGCUCGCGGGCCUGAGCGCGGCAGCCCUCGAAGGGGCCCCCCGCCUCGCCUACCUGUACCUGGAGCACAACCGCUUCCCCAGGGUCCCCGGGGCUGCUCUGCGUGCCCUGCCCAGCCUCUUCUCGCUACACCUCCAGGACAACGCGGUGGAGCGCCUGGCACCUGGGGACCUGGCGGGGGCGCGGGCUUUGCGCUGCCUUUACCUGAGCGGAAAUCUCAUCACCCAGGUCUCGCCUGGGGCGCUGGGGCCGGCUCGGGAGCUGGAGAAGCUGCAUCUUGACAGGAAUCAGCUGCGAGAGGUGCCCACAGGAGCCUUGGAGGGGUUGCCUGCGCUCACAGAGCUGCAGCUCUCGGGGAACCCGCUCAGGGCUCUGCAAGAUGGGGCCUUUCAGCCCGUGGGGCGCUCCCUGCAGCAGCUUUUCCUGAAUAGCAGUGGCCUGGAGCAGAUUUCUCCCAGGGCCUUCUCAGGCCUGGGAACAGGGCUCCGGAACCUGUACCUGCAGAAGAACCGACUCCAGUCCCUGCCUGCGCUGCUGUGGCUCAGCGGGCUGGAGCUCAUCGACCUCAGUGGUAAUCCCUUCCACUGUGACUGCCAGCUGCUCCCACUGUACAGGUGGCUCACUGGGCUGAACCUGCGGGUGGGGGCCACUUGUACCACCCCUCCCAGUGUCCGUGGCCAGAAGGUGAAGGCUGCAGCUACUGUCUUUGAAGCUUGCCCAGGCUGGACUGCCAGGAAGGCCAAGAGGACACCAACCUCCAGGUUCAGUGCCAGGAGAAACCCUAUCAGCAGAAGACACUGAGGAGCAGACAAGGUUGGCCCUUAGUGGGAGGGGGGCUGGGUCCCAAAGCUGCUGGGAAGACACAGCCCUGAUUUUUCUUGGUCCUGACUUGUGAUUCCUGAACUGGGUAAUGACCCAUGGUCCUGCUGCAUGAUACAGUCAUAUGGUGAUAUUUUAUAUGUACUGAAAUGUGAUUUUAUUUGUAUGUUAA